AUGGCUGACCAAGAGUUUCUUGCCGCAGUACAUGGGUUAUCUUCAAAAAUGGACAAUUUGAAUCAAAAUUUAAAAUCUAAUCAAAUUAAACAAUUUGAUGGUAAUCCUAAAGAAUUUAGGAGAUGGAUAAAAUCUAUUGAAAAAUUUGCUUUAUUAGAAAGAGUCCCGGAAGAAAAAAAUAAAUUAAUUGCUUUUAAAUCCAGUUCAGGGGCGGUUAGUGACUUUAUUCAUAGAUAUUUGACGGGGGACCCUAAUGUAACAUGGGAUGUUUUAAAGGGGGAAUUGUCUGUUCGUUUUGCGGAUAUAACAGACGCACAGCAUGCAUUUAUGUUGCUUCGUCACAUGAAGCAAGAGAAAUCUGAAAAUGUUCAGAUUUAUGCUGAACGCUUGCUUUCCCUCGCUGAACAAGCGUAUGAAGGUCAAGAAGCUGGCAGAGUUACUGAAGGUAAACUAGUUGGGUUCUUUGUUGACGGGUUGUACUCUGACCGAUUAAAAUUAAAGGUCAUGCGUGACAAUCCACGCACUAUGCAGGAAGCUAUCAAUUCUGCUAGGGCUGAACAUAACUUGCAACAGCGUUUUCAGCUACGAACCGGUCGCACAUAUUUUGUCCCUCCAAGUAACACAGGGGAACCCAUGGAAAUUGAUCAUUAUAGGCAAAGACGGGAUAAAAGAAGGGAAAAUUUUGACAGACCUAAAAUACGACAAUAUGACAAAGAUAAGGUUGCUCCAAAGAAAGUUUUUGUAAUAGAUCAAACUGCUCAGAAAAGAGAAAUUGUUUGCUGGACUUGCAAUAGAAAAGGACAUAUCAGUAGAGAUUGUCCUACGAGAAAGGUCGAGGCCAUAGAUGCCACUGUAGGUGUUGAGGAUGAACAAUGGGAAGAGUUAAACUAG